AUGCAGACUCUCAAUGCCAGGGCCCAGAUCUACAUUCGGCUCGAGGAGAAUGUAGCCCACCAAGAGCAGCACGCCACCUUCGUGACAAUGGAGAACAAGCCUCAGGAGAGAACUUCAAAUUCAAAAAUCCAGAAAAGCCAGCGCACCUUAGCGCAAAUCACCCAGGCACCUGAAAAGAGGCAAAGGAUAGAGGAAGGGUUUACACCUCUCCGAACUACCUUGGCUCGGCUCUUCCAAAAGAAUAAGAUGAGGUUCACAGCCCCGCAGCCAAUGAAGCAACCCUUGGAACAAAGGGACAAAAGCAAGCAUUGCGCUUAUUAUCGAGAUUAUGGGCAUUCAACUAAUGAUUGCAGAUCCCUUAGGCGACAAAUGGAGAACAUGAUAGCUAGAGGUGAGUUGGUAGAUUAUCUCACAACAAAGGAGUAUGUGAAGCCCCACGAGGUCUACCCUCGCAAGUUAGAGGGUAAUCAAGUAAAAGUCAUUCAUGCAAUACAUGGUAGAUCUAAAGAUGAUCAAGAGUCUGAGGAGGUAUAUAGAUCCAGAUUGAGGACAGUCCAUAAGCUCAGAAAGUUAUCCUCGGUCAAUGCUAUCGCUUCGGGCAGCGUCAGUAUUGGAUUCGGCGAUGGCGACCUAUCCAAAAUUCAACUUCCCCACGAAGAUCUAUUGGUCAUCAGUCUCUUAGUGACGAAUUGCAUGAUUAAGAGGGUUUUGAUAGACCCAGGGAGUAGUGCCAACAUCAUCACAAAGGCGAUCUUUGAGCAGCUAGAGAUCCCGUCAUCAUCAAUUCGACUCACUUCCAGCCCAUUGAUGGGGUUCGAUGGCACAAAAGUAGAUCCCCUUGGGGUAAUUGACUUAUCUGUAACCGCGACAAAGAGGACUCUGAAGGAGAACUUUGUCUUAACAGGGAUCCACCUUUACUAUAAUCUCAUCAUGGGAAGAGGAUAG